AUACAUCUACAAAUAUUGGACGUUCGCCAUGUCAAAAGUUCAAACAUUCUGGGCGUUCUGCCUGAACUUCGACACACGCAAAUUCAGGAGUUGGCAUUUCACUUGUCGGGAUCCGGAAUGGACGAAAUAACAUCUAAUACGCUAGCGGUAAUAAGAGGUCUGAAAUACUUAAAAACGUUGCUUGUAGGUAUGACAUACAUUGGCGUCAUACAAACUGACGCCUUUGUGGGUCUAUCACAUUUGCAAAGGCUGGUCUUGUAUGGCGUCCCCGCAUUUUGGGAAGAGAUCCACUUGAAGAUACAAGACAAAGCGUUCAGCGGACUGUCCUCACUCACUCAUCUUAACUUGAGUUGGAACAGAGUUUCUACUUUACCUCAAGGCAUGUUCAAAGGCCUGACCUCUCUCAUUCAUCUCAACUUCAGCCAUACCAACGUCUUAAUCUCCCAAGCUCAAAUUCCAGAGAAUUUGGACUAUCUUGAUCUUAGUUACAAUAACUUAGACAAUGAAACAUCGUGUGCCAUCGUUGCUGUAAAAACCGUGAAUCAUCUGAAUUUGAGUCAUAAUGCACUGACAAGUUUUGACGGCAGUUGUAUACCUUGGUAUAUAACAGGUAUAGGUAUGAAUAUAACAGUACUUGAUUUGCAGUACAACAAAAUUACAAGGAUCAGUACCAUUGUUGAAUUAUGCUUCACUACAAAUGUGCGGUACCUUGACCUUUCUAACAAUGAAAUCAAACUAGAUAGUUCUUCUGUCUUUCCCUGUCAGACUUUAGAAACACUUCGGCUAGAUAACAACCGCCUAUUAGGGGAAUUUCCUUGGCGUUCAUUCUACUACCCAAACCUGAAAACUUUGACUGUAUCUCGAAACCUCAUCCAGCGAAUCGAAACAGAAUACCAGCCAGUGUUUGGCAAACAGCAACGAUGGUUGGUCCGGCUGGAACAUCUAGAUCUCAGUCAUAACGACAUCAACACCGUCAUGCCAUCCGCCUUCCUUGGACUAUCGCGAAUGAGAUUCCUGGAUCUCAGUAACAACCAAAUACAAGACAUAGCAGAGAAUACAUUUGAAGGUUUGGGCAAACUUACACACCUAAACCUGGCAUUCAACGGGAUAUCAGUGAUAGGGGACGCCUUUCACCGUCUGUACGAAUUAAAGUAUUUGAAUAUGAUGGGAAAUAAAUUAGCUGUUUUAAAUCAAACAGCACUGGGUCCUGUUGUCAACCGGCUGGAGAGGCUGGACGUUGCCAACAACCCGUUUUUGUGUGACUGUAACUUACUGUGGUUUCUUGAGUGGGCCAAUGACAAAUACGACAGGGUGCCGAACUUGUACAACCCUUAUCCUGACUUUCAUCGAGGCUACACGUGUUCUCGUCCAGCACAACUGAGCGGACGACGUUUGAUAGACGGGUUGAUCCAGAAACAACAAUCUAACGACAGAAAUGACCCAAAAGACCUCAAGUUCGUUAACACAGUCUGUAGUCAUGGAUUUCGACCCAACCGCCUCCUGGCUUGUGUGCUCGCCUCUUCUGGUAUCUUCGUCGCCAUGAUGACCAUUUUUCUGGUCGACUACCACAUCGGUCGUGUUCAGUACUGCCUGUGGAUGUUGGCCAAGUGGAGGAGACCGAAGAUUGGCGAAGUAGAGAACCAAGAGCCGCCCAGAUACACGCACGAUGCUUUUCUUGCCUACAACAACCAGGACGUCAUGUGGGUUGUACAUGAAGCAAUAGAGAAUCUGGAACCUGACUACAGUCUGGUCAUACACGAAAGGGACUUUGCAGUCGGCGCUCCCAUUGUGAAAACAUCGCGGAUGCCGUGA